AUGGCGCGCGCCGCCGCCUCCAGGCUCGCCGCCGCGGCGAACUCUUCCUCUACGCGCGAGUUGUUCGCCCGCCACCUCGCCGGCGCUGCCGCCUCGGCGUGGACCGCACCGCCGCGGCUGCCUGAACCAGGGAGGGAGCGGCGGAGCCCGAGCUGGUGGUGUCCGAGCAGGUCGUUCCAUGCCACAAGGCGGGUGUAUGCAAGGGAUUUCUAUGAUGUGCUUGGAGUAAGCAAGGAUGCUUCUGCACCGGAUAUAAAGAAGUCAUAUUAUGCGCUGAUAGUUGCCCUUAGUUCGCUGUUGUGGACGCCUAUGGCCGCACCUACUGAUGUCUCAGGUGACAUGAUCAGAAGCUCGCAAAGAAGUUCCAUCCUGAUACUAAUAAAGAUGAUGCUGAUGCAGAAAAAAAUUUUUCAAGAAGUUAACCGUGCCUAUGAGGUUUUGAAGGACGAUGAUAAGCGUGAAAUAUAUGAUCAGCUUGGACCAGAAGCAUAUGAGCGUCAAGCAUCAGGUGGUGACCCUGGAGGGCCGGGUUUUCCUCAGGGUAACCCAUUUGGCGACAUCUUUGGCGAUAUCUUUGAUAAUGCGUACAGAGGUGGCCAAGAUGUCAAGGUUUCUGUUGAACUAUCAUUCAUGGAGGCUGUCCAAGGUUGCAGAAAAACAAUUACAUACGAAGCUGAUACUUUUUGUGGAACUUGCAAUGGAAGUGGUGUUCCCCCUGGAACUGUGCCUAAAACAUGUAAAACAUGUCGAGGCUCUGGUGUGAUAUACAUGCAGAAGGGUAUAUUUACUGUUGAAUGUACUUGCUCCCUGUGCAGUGGGAGCGGAAAAAUUGUCAAGAGUUUUUGCAAGACUUGCAAAGGAGAACAGGUAGUGAAGGGGAAAAUGUCAGUCAAGCUAGACAUAGCGGCAGGAAUUGACGAUAAUGACACCAUGAAGGUUUUUGGUAAGGGUGGUGCAGAUGUUGAACGCAAUAAGCCUGGUGACCUUUAUGUUACUAUCAAGGUCAGAGAGGACCCUAUCUUUCGAAGAGAAGGCAACCAUGUGCAUGUUGAUUCUGUUUUAAGCAUUGCUCAGGCUGUCCUAGGUGGAACUGUCACGGUACCAACCCUCACUGGAAAUGUUACAGUCAAGGUUCGCCAAGGUACCCAGCCAGGAGAGAAGGUCGUCCUCCGGGGCAAAGGAAUAAAAGCGAGGAACUCGUCAGUGUUUGGGAAUCAGUAUGUUCACUUCAAUAUCAGGGUUCCGACGGAGGUGACACAACGGCAACGGGAGUUGAUAGAGGAGUUCGAUAAAGAGGAGUGCACAGACCGAGAAAGACUUGCGGCUGCCUCCGGAUGA